GAGUGUAUUAACUAUUACAUAUUCAUAUAAUGCAACACGUGCCUUAUUCUGUUUGAUAAUGACAUCUCUUACAACUGUUAUUAAUGUCGUCACCUUCCGCACUAAUUGGGUUUGUGAGCCCUAAUGCUGGCAAUUAUCUUCAUGGACAGACGGGUUUCAACGGUAUGAUUGGAGUUGGCCCUGGCGCUUCUCGUGCUGGGGUCUGCGUUCGCCGCCUCAGCCUCCGCCGCCAGCUUCUUCGGCGCCAGCGCCUUCAACGGCAGCGCGCAGGUGCGCGCACGUCGCAGCAUCUCCGAGUUCCCCAGCCGCAUGCACGCGCGCCCGCCGCUGGACGGCGACGAGGUGCUGCUGGAGCCCGUCAACAUCGACACCUCCUCGAGAUUAAUGUACGGGGGUGUCGAUAGAGGAAACAAUUCUUCUAGAAGGGGGUCGAUGAAAGAAAGGGGGGAAAAAAGGUUGGGAGUGCCUGGUGUAGCAGACCCCCGUGCGAGCGCUGGCUUCUCGGCGCAGUUCCUGGAGUACGAGCCGCUGUGCAAGGAGCGGCGCGUGCGCGUCGAGCUGCGCAACCUGGAGCGCGGCGUGGACUACUACCCGGCGCAGUACGACGAGGUGUACUGCGAAAGCGACGGCGACGACGGGGUCGUCACAUCCGAUAAGUGCGCGCACCCUGGCUUCAAGUGCGUGCAACAGUACACGACGCUGUUCGUGAUUCGACGCGACAUCAAGAAAGACUGCUACCUGCAGAAGGCGACGCUGAAGGUGCCGUCGGGCUGCGAGUGCAUGUGGCCAGCGCGGCAGUUGGGAGGCGCCAGCGACCACUACUGACGCCCCCGCCCCCUCGUCCCCCCCGCCCCCUCGACGCUCUGCGCAUCUGCGCACGCGCGCUGCGCUCCGCUGCUAAUAAACACG